AUGGCAAUGCUGGACACCGACAUUCAUCCAGAGCCUAUUCAAACCCAUCAACCUCAGCUAUCCGAUCCUGCAUUGAUGGGACCUGCCCCUGACUUUGACUGCACGUCGGUAGCCACGCAGCUCGUCGAGGACUGCGCUACGGACGAUUCUGAAGGCAGCGCGAUGUGGAGGGAUGUCGAGGCAAGCGGGGAAGACAACGGGGCUUACGCGGAAAGCACCGCGUCUGGCGCGUCCGAGGUCUGGAAGGCUAUCCUUACAGAGACGUCAGUGAUGGAAGCUGGACGGCGGGUGCCGCUCGCCGCUGACUCCCCGUGGAAGAAGGCACCCGCCACUCCGCGUCCCUGCUUUGCGCCGUUGACUGAAACAUCGAAGCGCGAUCCUCUCGGGCUCCCUGUUGAUGCUGAUACGCCGCGCGAGACCUUCCCCUGGGACGCGUCGGCGGGGAGGGUGGCAGCAUUGCCGUUCGGGGGGAUGGAUGGAAGUCGAGCCUUGCGAGGUACGUACGUCCACGGAUUCACCCACCAGCCUUCCCCACUCGUCGGGGGCGGAACGAGUCGAUUCUUUCCGUCAUCUCGGCGGCCGCAGGCUGCAUGGUAUGGCUUCGCCACCGUCCGCGGUGACGAGUCUCUUCACCAGUGCUACGGGUGUCGUUUUCUCGCAGCAGAAGUGCUAGACAGUCAAUCCGCGGAAUGGCGAGUCGGAGUCUGUCGCCCCGUGCGUCCCGCAGUUGACAGACGCGGAGAAGCACGCGCGCGCACGCGCGCUUCCCCGAGUCCGCCAACGCCUGGAUUCCCCAUCUCCCAGCCUCUCGUAACCGCUUCCAGGUCCCCGCGCGGCGCAAUUUUCCAGCCGCUCGAUGGCGAGCAGGGAGGGAGGGAGGGAAGGAAGACGGGGGCGUUUCCGGCAAUCGCGUUGCAUUCCAUUCCGCUGCCGUCGUCUGGGGUCGGGGUUCGGGGUUUGUCGAGUGUGGGUGGUAUAUAUGCUGCGAGUCGCCGUCGUGGCUUUGUCCAUCCCUCCACCGCAUCCCCCUUCAGAGACACCCGCUUACUCUCGCCCGCUCGUCCUAGUCGUAAUUACGCGGUCGUCCCCGUUGGAUGUGACGCGUCGCUGGUUGAUGCCACGAACCUCCGCGUGUACUAG